CCACUUGUUUUGCGCGAAACAAAAUAAAAAACCACCAAAAAAAUUUUCAUUUCCCUCUCUAUCUUCUUCUUAUUCUUCCUCUCUGUUUUGAGCCAAGAUGAUCUCCUAGCUUGAACCCAAACCAUGGAAAACCCAGUCCCUCUCGAUUUCUCAUCUUUCUACUUUUCUUGUCUGCUCAGUAACACAUCACACUUCAAUUCUCUCUCUCUCUCUCUGGAAAACCCGUUGUUUGUUUCUUCGGUUCUUUAGGGCAUCGCGUCACCAUUGUCGUUGCGAGCAAUGGAUGACGACAUCAAUUUGAAUAUGCCGCCGUCGGAAGAGAUGGAUGAGGAAUUAGAUCUGCCUGGAGAGGGCACCAUUUUCAAGGUCGACGAGGGGAAGGAGAUCGGAAAGCAGGGUUUGAAGAAGAAGCUUUUCAAGGAAGGUGAAGCCUGGGAUACCCCCGAGACUGGUGACGAGGUUGAAGUUCAUUACACGGGCACUCUCCUGGAUGGGACUAAGUUCGAUUCGAGCUGUGACAGGGGGACUCCAUUCAAGUUCACUCUUGGACAAGUUUCAGCUUGCUCCGAUUUGGUUUUCCUUUCUCCAAAUUCUGUUUCAACCUCUUAUGUGCUACAAAGCUCAUCACUUAACAUGGUAGAUGUCCUACUUCACUACAUUCAGUUGGAACUUCAGCAUGGACACUCCUUACAGGAUCUUUUACUGAAAACUUGUGCAAACCUGGCAUUUUUUGUUUGGCUUCAUGAAUUACUUCCUUUGGAUAUUUUGCUUUUGGCACUUAUUGACCGUGAUGAUGAUCCUCACGCUUUGCGUAUUGUGAUUGUUCUGCUUGAUAGGCAAGAACUUCAACAAAGAGUAAAAUUAUACUGUAUGAAUCGUGGACCUUCUGAGCAUUGGCUUUAUUCAGGAAUGUUCAAGAGAAAUGAUUUGCAGAAUAUAUAUUAGUUUUCUGUCAAAAGUGUAAUCCAUCUUUGCAUUUUGAAAAUAGUAUAAGUUAUGAUGUAGUUUUCUAUGUAUUUUAGGUGGACAAUAGAUUUAUAUCAACUUUCAAUUUAAAAAACAAAAUGUAUAUAAACUUUCAAAAUUACCAUUCAUACCUUAAUUAUAUUUUAUUUUCUCCUU